UUAGUUUGAAUUUUUACGGUAUUAUAUUGUGAUUUUUUGCUGGCCAUAUUCGUCAUGGAUAAAGAAGAUGGAAAUGAUGAGAAAUUGAAAAUUAUAAAUAGAAAAAGAAAGUAUAAUGUUUCUAAAAAGUUCAUUUGUUCAUCUGUACCUUACUUUGAGAAAAUGUUUUGUUGUGAUUUAUUGGAAUCUAAAAGAAGCAAAGUGGAACUAGAUUUUGAUGAACAUGUUUUCGAUGCUAUCCUCGAUUGGAUUCAUUCUGAUUCAUUCUUUAUCCAAAUGGAAUAUGUUAUAAGUUUUUAUGAAGCAGCUGAUUACUUGAUGAUAAAUGAGCGCUUAUUGGAACCGUGUCUUACUUACUUCCACGAAAAUUUCACCAUUGAUCACCUCACAGUUGUGCUACCUCAAGUUACCAAAGUGUCUAAAAUCUUAACUUCUGGAUCUCUUAACAACAUAAUUUGUCGCUAUUUCUUGCUAAUCGCCAAUACGGAUAUUUUCUUGGAUUAUCCCGUUGAGGUAGUUGAAGCUAUUCUGAAAUUAGAUUUGAUGGUUCACUCUGAAUAUCAAAUUUUUGAAUCAAUCAUGAAAUGGGCGAAUGAAUAUGUCAAAUCUCGAAAAGAACUACUUCCACGAUUAUUGAGCUGUGUUCGUUGGUCUUUCAUUAAUUCUGAUGAUAUUUGUAAGAUAAAGGCUAAUGAAUUAAUAAAGGGGUUGCCGAAUUUCGAUGUAAUUAUUUCAUCUAGUGUUGAAUGGGGAUUCAAUCGCAGCAAACAAAACUUCUUUGUUUCUAUUCAUCAAAGAGAUGCAUCAACACUAAGAAUAAAAGCGUUUGAUGAUGACUUUUUUUGUUUUACGAUUGGUGAUUUUACUCAAGACGAUUCAAUGUCACUUAAAUUCAUUCAUGGAGAACACAUUUCAGAUAUUUUAUUUGAUUCAGGAACAAAAGGAGUUCGAAUUGAUUGGAUUGUGAAGACAUUUCGUUGGCUUGACUUCCAAGUUAUGGGUAAAACGUACUACAGUAACUUAAUUAAAUUCCUUGUAGAGUUUUCAGAUGAUCUCAGUGGUUAUUCCUGCUGUUUAGACGACAAAGAUGUGGAAAUUUCUUUUCCGCUUGCCGACGAAGAAAAUCUACUUCUAGAAUCUAAUGGUAAAUUCAUUACAAUUGGUAAAACUAAAGACGAAAAGAAGUGGUUUGGUCUUUUUCCAGUUAGUGCUCCAAGUUGGUUCAAUUAUUUUGCAGAUCACAAACAUUCAUUCCAUGCCACUGUUUUGAGCGAUACUGUUUACAUGCUGACAAAGGAUCUCGAAUUUAUUCGAUUUGAUCGAGAAACUAAAUGUUUCGACAAGAGUGAACCAUUCAAAGACGAAAAAUGGGAUUUCAAUGAUUUAAUCUUGACUUCUCACCAAACAAACGAUGACAAAGUUAUUUUGGUCAACAAGAGAUCUGGAAAAGUGCAUAUUUUUUGUCUCGAUGAGGAUGAAUGGAUUGAAAAAUAUUGUAUCAUGAAUGUAAACUUUUGUUCCAACAAUUCUGGUUCUUCGAUUGCUAAGUUGAUUGCUUUCACUUCUACAUUUUUACCAAUGAAAGCUAUUGAACCUUUGUAUGAGCAUAGCGCUGAUUGACUCUGAGCAACCAUAUGUACUAUACUAUUGCAACUAUGUACCAUAGCUAAAGGGUUCAAAUUGUGAAUGCCAGCAUUCUCAUUAAAAUGUAUUUAUACAUUUUGUCAGUCAUAAAAGAUAGCUGAUAUCCACGAUUACGGAAUCUACACCGAUCUAACUCUUCCAUUUCAACUG